UGAUUACAAAAUAAAGAAAUCAGGCACUUGUGAAAUUUCAGGAGCUUGGUCAAAACCUAUUUUACGAUGUAUCUGAUUACUCUAAAACAGAAAAUUAAAUAUAGGCCUAUACACUUUGUAUGAUUGAAUUUACAACAUUUUGGUAAAAUACAAUACCGGUACCGGUACCGUUUGUGACUGAUGGAGACGUAUCAUAUUUCGCAAGUGCCUGAUUAUUCAUUUUUCUCUGUGACAGUUGCCAUAUUUUUUCGCAAUUAUUUUCUUAAAUUAUUUGCGUCAUAACUUACUAUUCUUUGCUUUCUAACGCAAAUUCAUUGUUCCACAACAAUUUGAGCGUAUUUAAUAGAGUAGAGUUAUUGAUUACAUACUAAAAUAGCUAUCCUGGUUCGUCUGAAAGUCGUUAAGUGAGAAAUAUGAAAGAAGAAGAGAUAGCAUCAGAACAUACUGGAUUCAGAUUAUGGAGAGAAUUGGGAAGACCCAAAAUGAUAGUUGCACCCAUGGUGGAUCAAAGUGAACUGGCAUGGAGAAUGCUUUCAAGAAAAUAUGGAGCGCAGCUGUGCUACACUCCUAUGCUACACGCGUCAGUAUUUAUUCGAAAUGAGCAAUACAGAAAAGAUGCAUUGACAUCAUGCAAUGAGGAUAGACCAUUGAUUGUUCAAUUUUGUGCAAACGAUCCAGAAAUUUUACUCAAGGCAAGCGUUUUGGCUCAAGAUCACUGUGAUGCAGUAGAUUUAAAUUUAGGAUGUCCUCAGGCAAUUGCAAGACGUGGUCAUUAUGGAGCAUUUCUGCAAGAUGAUUGGGAUCUUAUAAGCAAAAUGGUAUCACUUUGUCACAAAAACUUAUCGAUACCGAUAACUUGCAAAAUUCGAAUUUUUCCGACAGUUGAAAAGACUGUUCGUUAUGCGAAAAUGUUAGAAAACGCAGGAUGCCAAAUUUUAACAGUUCAUGGCCGAGCAAGAGAACAAAAAGGACCGCGAACUGGAUUGGCUGACUGGAAAUAUGUAAAGGCUAUAAAAAAUGCAAUAAAAAUUCCUGUCUUUUCCAAUGGAAAUAUACAAUAUUUUGACGAUGUAGAGAGAUGUAUAAAAGAAACUGGCGUUGAAGGCGUCAUGGUGGCUGAGGGUAAUUUGCAUAACCCUGCACUUUUUGAUAAUAAAAUUCCAAAUGUUUGUGACAUAUCAUUAGAAUAUUUGGAUUUUGUUGAUAAGUAUCCCCCAUGUCCACUGUCAUAUGCUAGGGGACAUAUUUUCAAAAUUUGUGUUCAUAGUUUGCAAAAGCAUACUGAAAUACGAGACAAACUUGGUAAUAGCAAAAGCAUAUAUGACAUAAGAACAGCUAUUUUGGAACUGCAAGAUAUUUGCAAAGAAAAGUGUCAAAAAGGAGAUUCGUCUAAUGACAUGCUACCUCUUCCGCAUUGGGUAUGCCAGCCUUAUGUGCGGCCAGCAAUUCGGCAUGAAACUGAAAAAGCACAAAAACGAUCUUUCGAGUCAAGUGAUGCCCUAAAAAACGUAACUGAAAUUUCUAAGAAGAAGUUGAAAAAAUUGUUUAAAAAACAUGGACAAUUAGUGAAUGGAAUGACUCCAACACAAGAGCAAAUUGAAAGUGUUUUAAAAAUGGAAAAGGCAAGGACUAAACUAGUUUAUGAGAAAUGUUCAAAAUGUGGGAAUCCUCGUGGUGAACGAUGUGUGUUUUUGUAUUGUAAAUCGUGCUGCAAAAAGAGGACAAAAGAGAUUUCAUUAUCUUGUCCUAGACAUCAGAACAAUAAAACAACUGCAACUGAGUUCAUUCUCCAGAAAGAAUAGAUCUCAAAUUAUGCCACUAUUUUGACAGCGAGUUGAAAUAUUUGCUUGUUUAAUACUUGACCUGCUAUUGACUCAAAUUAUUUUAAUUUAAUCACAGAGGGGUAUUUUGCUAAAUUUACGAGAAUAAAAAUAAAUUGAUAUUUUAGUUUUUAAGAGUAUUUAAUACCAUUCAGUGACGAUCACUGUCACUGACCAGUAAUGUAAUAUAGGUUUUAUAAAUUAAUUUAAACGCUACACAAGGCGCAUUCGUAACUGUUUAUUUUUUGUAGUAAUUUAGUAUUGAACUUUUUAUCCCGUGCAAAAAUAGUUUCGAUAAGGAGUACCAUGCUUAAAUAUAAUGUAACUUAUAACUUUAGCAUGGAGUUUUUUUAGGCCUUUGCGAAAAUAAAAUCAUCUAGUUUUGUUCUAAAUGCAAUGUCAUAUCCUUAGUUUAGUGAUUGUGGCUUGAUGAAUUUUAUUUGAUGCAUUUGACUUCAUGCACUAUUGAGAAAAUUAUUAAAAUGUCAUUAUUUGUGCAUAUUUUCAGA